AUGUCUGCGCUCCUCCAUCGCUGGCUGACGACCGAUGUGUUCACCAAGAAGCAGAUCUUGGAUAAGCUUCUGCUGGAGAAGUUCAUGAUCUGCAUGCCCCCGGAGCUGCAGGUCUUGGUGAAGGAGAGGCGCGUGCAGAGCUGCGAGGAACUGAAGGUCUUGCUGAGAAAUAAGAAGGAACCCAGGAAAUGGAAGGUUGUCGCAUUCCAAGGGCAGAAGUAUCUUGAGGAGAAUUUUGAUGUCCAGAUGCCUGACGAAGAAGUUGGUGACACAGACCACGUGUUGGAAUUGUCCAUGAAGUACCAAUCCCCCAUUAGUAAGACGGGGGUACAUCCUGGGAAGAGCCAGGAGGUCAACAGAGAGCCGGGGAACCAGCCAGGAACCAGUGACAUAGUGUGGGGACAGGGGCAUAAAGUCUUCUUGCUGGAGGCGAUUCCCACGAAAAUUGAUCUGGAGGGUGUGAGGCCCAUGGAGAAUUUGGUGAAGUUGGAGAAGGAUGUGAUGGAAGACAGGGAAGAGGCAGCAGUACUCACAUCUCCAGAGCCUCCGCUUCCCAGCAGUCCUGGAGAUUCGGGGAAGACAGAGGGGGAGCAGAACCCUCCGGAAGGAAUUGGCCUGGAGUGUGUGGAUGUCGGUGACAUACCUCCCACCCAGGAUCCAGAGACACAGGCUUUGAGUCAGCGUCCUAAGAGAAGAAGUUCUGGGAAUUCAGGAGGUAAGUAUCUUGAGGAGAAUUUUGAUGUCCAGAUGCCUGACGAAGAAGUUGGUGACACAGACCACGUGUUGGAAUUGUCCAUGAAGUACCAAUCCCCCAUUAGUAAGACGGGGGUACAUCCUGGGAAGAGCCAGGAGGUCAACAGAGAGCCGGGGAACCAGCCAGGAACCAGUGACAUAGUGUGGGGACAGGGGCAUAAAGUCUUCUUGCUGGAGGCGAUUCCCACGAAAAUUGAUCUGGAGGGUGUGAGGCCCAUGGAGAAUUUGGUGAAGUUGGAGAAGGAUGUGAUGGAAGACAGGGAAGAGGCAGCAGUACUCACAUCUCCAGAGCCUCCGCUUCCCAGCAGUCCUGGAGAUUCGGGGAAGACAGAGGGGGAGCAGAACCCUCCGGAAGGAAUUGGCCUGGAGUGUGUGGAUGUCGGUGACAUACCUCCCACCCAGGAUCCAGAGACACAGGCUUUGAGUCAGCGUCCUAAGAGAAGAAGUUCUGGGAAUUCAGGAGGUGCCACCAAGAGAAAAAAGGGCAACACUCCCACCCCUCAAGAGGAGCCUCAAGAAGGAGCCGUGUCGUUGGACAGAGGAGAAGUCACCAGAUGGCACCGGUGCCAUUCAGUGGGUGCGUCAAGCACCGUGGAGCCCACUGGUCACCCUGUUGGCAAGGAAUCCAGGAGAAAGGUACCCUACGAGUGUCAAGACUGUAGCAAAAGGUUCAGCUACAGAUCACAGUUAGACAUUCACCAGAGGACACACACAGGAGAGAGACCCUUCCAAUGCCUUGUGUGUCUCAAGGGGUUCAUUCAGGCCUCGGACCUCCGUGUCCACCAGCGGAUCCACACGGGGGAGAAGCCGUUCUUCUGUAAAGUCUGCGAGAAGAGGUUCACCCACAAGUCCACGCUGCGUAGCCACCAGCGGGUCCACACCCAGGACAAUCCAUACGAGUGUGAUGUCUGCCACAAAAGUUUCCUCCACCGCGGGAACCUCAACGUGCACAUGCGCACCCACUCGGGCCUGAGACCCUACCCGUGGGGAAACUGA